AUGGACACUUCCUACACCGUCGAAGCGAAUGCACUACUGUACAACUCGUCUCAGGCUGGCGAAAAUAUAUGUCUUAGCACCGGUGAUCCUCCAUUCCCAUCUGCCAUCGAGAACACUGUCUGUGGCCCGCAGGUACCUGGUACUACUCCCAAUGGAACUGAGUAUGGCUUCUGGGGAGAGUUGAACCCUUGUCCUCUCAAUGCAUGCCGUGACGUUUGGGGCGAGUGUGGUAUCACACCUGAGUUCUGCACCCAGACUGAGUCUACCACUGGCAAUCCAGGCACAGCCGCAUCAGGCACUAAUGGAUGCAUCUCAAACUGUGGAACGGCUAUCACCCGUGACCCUGACGGCCCUGAUGAUUUUCUCGCCCUGGGUUACGUUGAAGCCUUCAAUAAGGAUCGCUCGCGUCUUACCAUGGACGUCUAUAGUAUCGAUACUUCAAAAUAUACCCAUGUUGUGUAUGCAUUUGGUUUGAUUGGCUCAGGCUAUUCAAUCAGCAUCAACGAUUCACAGUCGGACAUGUUUGACGAUUUCUUAGCCCUUGAUGAUGUGAAGAGGAUUGUCUCAUUUGGUGGCUGGGACUUUUCCACCAGCACAGAAACUUACAUGAUUUUCCGUGAAGAAGUUACUUCCGCAAAUCGCGAUACGCUGGCCCAGAAUGUCGCUGAUUUUAUCUCAACUAACGGCAUCGACGGUGUCGACUUUGGCUGUGAUGAUGAUGGUCCUAAUUAUGUAGCGUUUCUGAAAGCCCUACGAUCACUCGUUGGCGAUGAUAUCACCAUCUCAAUUGCCAUGCCAGCCUCUGUCUGGUACCUUCAGGCUUUCCCAGUUUCAGAUCUCAAUGAUGUCGUGGACUUUUUCAUCUAUAUGACGUAUGAUCUACACGGUCAAUGGGAUUAUGGGAAUGAUUCUUCGGAUGAUGAUUGUGUGGAUGGGAACUGUCUACGAUCUCAUGUCAACCUUACCGAAACAAAUUAUGCGCUGUCCAUGGUCACAAAUGGAGGCGCCCAAAGCAACAAACUGAUGGUUGAUGUAAUGAGCUAUGACUCGGGUGCUACUCCCGGAAGAUGCACUCAAACUACUGGGUAUAUUCCCAAUGUGGAGAUUUAUGAGAUCAUUUCGACCAACCCCAAUGUUCAAGUACUCUUCGAUGAUGAUAGUGACUCGCAUAUUAUCGUCUACAACGACACACAGUGGGUUGAAUACAUGACAAACACCACAAAAAGCACCCGUACUACCUACUACAAGGGUCUCAAUAUGGGUGGUAUAACAGAAUGGGCAAUUGAUCUCGAACAAUUCACUGAUGAUCCCGACGAUCUCGUGAUUGUUAAUUUGAGUGCUGACCUGACAGAUGCCGAGCAAUGCGAUUUCCCGGACCAAUCUGAAGAAACUUCUGAAGAGGCGAGCCUGGAGAGAAAUGUGGCGGCUUAUAUUGACUCCUUGCUUACAUCGGUCAUCAAAGAAUACGGAAGUACUGCCAGCAUUUGGGACAGAAAACUCUUUGGCGACGAAUCUACGGAAGUUUCCUCUUUGAAUGAAGAUGUUCACUGUGACAUUCCCUCAUCAGAUGAGUGUCCGACACUCAAUAAACCGUCACAUUACUGGGCCCGAUUUGUUGUCGCCAAUUUCCGACUCUAUAUGAGCGAGUACUACGAUCUAUUCCAGGUGGUGGCACUCAAUGCCACAAACAAAGUCGACCAACUCGUCGCUGACUUCCCCACGAAAACUCCAGAUGUUGUAGAUCUUGCAUCGCUUUUGACAAACUUCAUCGGGGCUCUCGGCCUUGUGUCUGGGUUCACUGGCGACGGGUUGGCAACUACUCUGACAGCAGCCGCGGGUGGUCUUUUUUCGGAAGCCGGCUCGAAUGUGAGCUCUGAUGACGAUGAUGAUAGCACUACCGAGCUUAGUCUCUACAACAAAAUCUCUGAUCUAUACACUGCAUUCUAUGAGGGAGCGGCUAACUCCCUCAUUGACAUAUUCGAUAAUGCAGAUAUCUCCAACUGGCCCUCAUCGCUCAUCAGUGGUACAUACACCCAUGAUAUUGCCCACUUCUUUGAUGGUCCAUUCAUGUACGAGCUGAGUGGAUUAGACCAGUCAAAGAUGGAGACUUACCUGAAUCGAAACUUGUUCGCUACCUUUGCUGGCACCGCUCUUGCUUCGGCCAACUACUAUAUCCUGAAGGGAGCCCACACAGUCACCGAUUGUCCAGAUAUCACCAGUGGCACCAUUAUUCACGGAUAUUGCUAUACUCUUGAAUACCUAGGUGCAGGAUGGUCCCUUGUAGAUGAAAAUGACUUUUCGGACCCAAUCGACAGCGACGACUUGACAAAGUUUACAGAUACGUAUUACGUCAAUUUGAAGGAGCUAUACGCCAACUCGUACAAGUGUCAGAAUAGUACAGGUAACUACGAGGGCCUUAUGGACAGCGAUCUACCCUUGACGGCGACUACCACUCUUCUUUCCUGCUUAUAUAACCUUCCUGUCUUCACAGUGGAUUCAGACGGAGGCGUGACUUCAUCGCCGUGUCUUGUCUUAUCGAGCAAUGAAACUGACAGUACGACAAUGCUUGGUGUCUCAUAUAUGCCCUUGAAUCCGGUGGAUAUAUUCGACGACGACUUUUGUUUCUGUAACGGUGGCAACAGAGAAUGUAGUGAUUGA